ACGAUCAAAUACAACAGGAAAACUAAUCCUGAAUUAGAGAAACGAAGGACUCAUUAUUGCCAAUAUUUUGGCUGUCGCAAAGCCUACACGAAGAGUUCCCAUCUGAAAGCGCACCAACGCAUUCACACUGGCGAGAAACCGUAUCACUGCACGUUCCCGAACUGCUUCUGGAACUUCGCCAGAUCCGACGAACUGACCCGACAUAUCCGAAAACAUACCGGUGCCAAACCGUUCGUCUGCCAGGGAUGUGACAGAACAUUUGCCCGGUCCGACCAUCUCUCUCUUCACGCCAAACGACAUUUACCGAAA